AUGCUCCCUACGCCGGACACCUCGCAUGUCUCCUUUGACACUAUCUAUGAGCCUGCCGAAGACUCAUACCUCUUCCUCGACACACUCUCUUCAGCAUCCGAGUCCAAAUGGUUAUCUGAACGCUUCAAAAAAUCAACCAGAACUUCAUCAGAUUCAUCCAAUGCAGUACCACUGGUUGUUGAGGCAGGCACCGGCUCUGGUGUGGUCUUAGCCUUCGCAGCAGCGCAAUCCCAACACAUCUUUGGACGCCAGGACAUCCUCACAUUGGGCAUAGAUGUGAACCGCAAUGCUUGCAUAGCGACCCGAGAGACAGUAUCAGCAGCUAUCAAGACAGUGCAGAAAGACACAGAAACCUCUGCCGUGGACCAAAUUCUAAACACGAUCCACAUCUCUUCCAUAACAAGUGACCUCUGCACGGCACUGCGUCCUGGAAGCGUUGACGUCCUUUUAUUCAACCCGCCUUAUGUUCCAACAGAAGAGCUGCCUCGUCUGCCUACAGAAUCUGAAAAUGAUCCUACAAAAUCACAAGCCAUGCCUCGCUCUGCCAAGUUCGAGAGUGACUCGUACUUCUUGUCCCUGACGUAUGCGGGUGGUGCGGAUGGCAUGGAGACGACGAAUCGGUUACUCGAGGCUAUCCCUGGCGUUUUGUCUGAUCGUGGAGUGGCAUAUGUGCUUCUUUGCAAGCAGAAUCGACCGGAUGAGGUCAAGGAGCGGAUUCGUGCUUGGGGUGGAUGGAAUGCAGAGAGUGUUGGGUCGAGUGGUAUGCAGGCCGGAUGGGAAAAGCUAGUCAUUGUUCGGAUAUGGAAGCAGGAAGUCCAAUGA